CGAAGCGAAGGAGAGUGAGCGGAGAAGAAAAGGGGCAAAACCUUUAGCGGCAGAAAACAGUAACGCUGACUUCUGAAGUGUUUAAUAACGCGAGUCUCUCUCAUCUAAUGUAAUAUAUACUGCUAGCGUCAUUGCAGGUGUCUGCAUCAGUCAGUAUGCCGUUAUCAACUCAGUCCCAACCGGGGAAUGAUGAGUACAUCCUGGUAGCUAGCUUGGAUAAUGUGAGGAACCUUUCCAACAUCCUGAAGGCAAUAUCCUUCAGAGACCAUGCAAUAUUCAAUGCAACGCAGAAUGGGUUAAAAGUUACUGUAGAAGAUUCCAAAUGUCUUCAAGCAAAUGCAUUUAUUCAGGCUGACAUAUUUCAAGAAUUCACUCUCAAAGAGGAUGUAGUUGGUUUUCAGGUUAACCUAACUGUGCUUUUGGAUUGUCUCACCAUCUUUGGGGGUAGCACAGUGCCAGGAGUGAACACAGCCCUGAGAAUGUGCUACAAUGGCUAUGGCUACCCCCUUACCCUCUUCCUGGAGGAAGGAGGAGUGGUUACUGUUUGCAAGAUUAACACCCAGGAACCAGAGGAGCCUAUUGACUUUGAUUUUUGCAGCACCAAUGUCACCAACAAGGUGAUACUGCAGUCAGACAGUCUGAAAGAGGCCUUUUCAGAACUCGACAUGACCAGUGAGGUCCUGCAGUUAACAAUGUCACCGAGUCAUCCCUUUUUCAGAUUGUCCACAUUUGGUAAUUCUGGAAAUGCCCAUUAUGACUACCCCAAAGACUCUGACAUGAUGGAGCUGUUCCAGUGUACAAAGACACAGACCAACAGGUACAAGAUGUCUCUAUUAAAACCCUCCACCAAGGCCUUGGCGCUGUCCUGUAAGGUGUCGGUGAGAACAGACAGUCGAGGUUUCCUCUCUUUACAGUACCUUGUACGGAAUGAUGACGGACAGAUUUGUUUUGUUGAAUAUUACUGUUGCCCAGACGAAGAGGUUGAUGAUAAUGAAUAGGUCAAUAUGAGGCACAUUUUGUGGUCCCUGUUAAAUCGUAUUCACCCUGCACAUGUGGGGCUGUGUUGUUAGAUUUGUGAGUUGAUUUGUUCAUGGUAUUUGUUAUAUGCAGGACAAAAUUUAUGCAAGCUGUAUUGUUGCUGAAUGAUAUGCUUCUGAACCUUAAAUCCAUUAUAUCAGUUUCUUUAGCUCCCCUAACAUAAGGAUAAUCCUAUAUGGCUGUUCUUUACUGUGUAAUAUACUAUUAAAAUAGUUUGAAGUAUUUUUGUUAUUACUUAAGAUUUAAUGCAAAUGAUAUAAAAAACAUUUAGAUGUUCUCAUGAUGUUCUGCCUGUUGAUUGAGUACGAGUAUUUGGUUCUACAUUCAAUGCCCAAAGUCUGAAAAUCAGUGUGUAACAUUAAGACUUUUCACUACCGAAACACACAUUUUCUGCAAAAUUUAUGUUUUAAUUAAAAGAUAUUGUGAUUUUUGUGUGUACAGCCAUUUAAAACUGUUUGAUUAUUAUGUACUGGCUAGCGUUUUGUUCAAAAUUUGUUGUUUAGCGUUCUGUUCAAAAUUAUCUAGAAUUGAUGCUGCCAAAACUACAGAAACGUUUGGUAAAGUUUCCGUAUUUCCGUGAUUGUUUUGUCAGUAACAAAAUGAAAUGUUUAGUAUUUUUUAAAUAAAAUAAAUGUAAAUAAGGCAUAAGGUUAUUCAAAGCAAAAGGAUAUUAGUCUAAAGCCCAGACCAGUUGAAAGUCAAAAAUGGGUUUGGAACACUUAAAACAGUGUUUUAGGGAGAAUGAUCUUUAUAGAGAAUGAACACAGUGAGCCUCAUUCAAUUCCAGUAUCUUCCAAAGUUUUUCUUAAGCUUGUUCUUGAGAGUUUCUGGGAACCCUCAAGGCUUUCAGCCUGACUGGGAGUGACUCUUGCUGACAUCAUUAUGAGAGACACUAUCUUUAUUGUCCCACCAAUGACAGUGUUCAGUUUUGUUUCUGAGCCCAUGUAAGUCUGGAUUAUAGCAGUUUUGAUUUGUAAUAAUGAAUCAGCAAUGUUGUAUGUAAUUUGUCUCUUUUACCUAUAAUUUGCAUAAAAGUAUGAGUUUGACCAAGUCUCUGUUAGAUAGGGAAGACACCUGUGGGUGCUCU